UGGAGGCUCUGACUCUCGGGAGCUAACAGCGAGCAGCGGGGGGUAAAGACACUGCCGCAUGCGCUCUCGCUUUGCCUAAAACACACAGGAAGGAAGCCUGAUAGCGGUGAACCUUUCGCCAGUUGGAUUUAACUCAUUUUAAGUGAAAGAAAGGUGUGCUGGUGGCGACCGGAGCGGGACAGCCCGCCGUGCUGAGCAUGAAGCGGACGGCUGUGGUGGCCAGGCACAAUGGCCUCGUCUCUCCUUUGGGGAACAACAACUCUGGAGCUUCUAGCAUCGUCUCACCACCGCAGCCGAGAGCUACCAGUAUCCCCGCUUCUGCCGACACUGAUGCGGGCGGUGGGAUGGACGGCCUGCUGGAUUUCUCCAAAGGCCCCACCGUUAAAACGGAGCUAGUGUGCAAAUGGAUUGACCGAACUUCUUCAAGACAGAGGCUUGGGCGGACGGCGACAUCCGUCUGCGAUCAAACUUUCAGCUCUAUGCACGAGCUGGUGGACCACGUCACCACCGAGCACGUAGCCGCGGGGCUGGAAGCCCUCAGCCAUGUCUGCAUGUGGGACGAGUGUAUGCGCGGCGGGAAGGCGUUCAAAGCCAAAUACAAACUCAUCAACCACAUUCGCGUGCACACCGGGGAGAAGCCUUUUUCGUGCGCAUUUCCCAACUGCGGCAAGAUGUUCGCACGCUCCGAGAACCUCAAGAUCCACACGCGCACGCACACUGGUGAGAAGCCGUUCCAGUGUGAGUUCUGUGAGCGACGCUUCGCCAAUAGCAGUGACCGAAAGAAGCACUCGCAGGUCCACACAGCCUCGAAGCCCUAUGACUGCAAGGCAGUAGGCUGCACCAAGUCUUACACCCACCCCAGCUCCCUGCGCAAACACAUGAAGGUUCAUAUCAAGUCAUCACCUACCUCUGAAACCCAGGACUUGUACAACUCCAUCCCUCUUCAACUCCAGCAACCUCAUCAGGCUGUCCUUGAGCCCCUUGACCUUAAAAUGAACCACCUUUCUACAUCACUAACUGACAAAAGCACUCAUUUUCCUCUCCUGUCCAGUCAUGAAUUGGAUAUCAGUUCAGCCAGCGACGGGGACCAUAAGCUGCUGCUGCGGAGUUCAUCUCCAGCGGCCGUGCCUCUGGAUCUCUCUCUUUCAGGCCUGAAGAGUCAGCUGACCCAGCAGCAGCAGGCUGGCAGGACCCCACGGAGGAGCCAGCGCUCAGUCAACCCAGCCUUACCUCAGUUAUCUAACAUUAAGGAGUGGUAUGUCUGUACCAGGACUACAGCACCACACUUUCCUCUGCUUCAUCCAGACCACAUCAAAUCAGAACCUAGUGAUGACGAGGAGUACGUCACGUAAAGUGGAGGGUGACGUUUGACUUGAAGAACAGAUCUCAUGUUGUUGGAUCGGGCCAGGACGAGCAGCUGCACGGUUCCACAUCAGAGGCCCUCGGUGAAGGGCGAAGGGAUUGUCUCAUAAAAAAUGCGUGGACCAAAAGAAACGGCUCACAUGUGUCAGGAAGGACAUGACGAGGAAUUUUUGAUUAUGAAGCAAGUUAUCAGUUAUGGCUAGCUAACCUGAACUAAGAUGAGGAGUUAACUUUGUACAAGUGGACCAUUGAAAUACUGCUAACUGCUCUGCUUGGUGUUAAAGAGAUUUGUGUACAUGAUGACCUCUCUGGAGACACAGAUUAAUGACCAAUUUUAAAGUUGAUGGAAAGAGGUUAUUGUGAUGUCACAGUGCCGCUGCUCACACAGUGAUGCAGCAGGACUGUAACAGCAGGUACACGGGGAGCACUUCAUGUUUCUGUAUGCUUUCAACAGACUGUUAGUAGCAUUUUGAGCCGUUUGUGCUGUCAGACGGAGGGCUUCAGUAACACACAGGUGGUGUUUGUGUGAGCCUCAUCCACACAGCAGCAGCCAGUUACACUGCAGGUUGAAGAGUGGGUCAGAGCCUUCUGUGUGCUGAAGCUCCCAGACAUCUUCAGUGGGCUUCUCAGUGACUUCAUGUUUGGUUACGUUUCACUGUUCAGUCAGCACCUGAAGGCUGAAACCUCCCACAUCACACACUCUGUGUAUCAAUAAAUUAAGAAAUGAAGUGUGUAAGGUUUUUGUAACAGCGUCUCUCUGAAAGUGCCCUUAAAGUCUGUUAAUAAUCAGCACCGAGGCUUUCCACCUGCUGCAGGUGGAGCUGUCCACCAGCCAUAACAAUAGUAGUGCUGACUAAUAGGUUGUAAUUUAAUUGUCACUGUAAUGUGAACACCUGCCAUAAACAAAAGGACAUGAAAUUAGGAAUAAUCAGCUUAUUUACACCCUCCGAGCACUCACACUCACCCUCUGAAAACGUAAGCAGUCCGAUGGAGACUUGAUCUUUGAUCGUGGGGAGACUUCAGUGCUAAGCCUGAGCGUAUGUCAUGUCUUUGUGUCUUGAAUUGUCUGAUAUCGUGAGACGCCCCCCUGUGCACACUGAUCCAAUGAAACACAGUUCUUGUUACUGAAAGUGUGAUCCAGCCCUUUGGCAGUAAAACUGCUUGUUUGAAAAGUUAAAACAAAGCGAUGUUCUCAGUCACUGCCAGUGUGUCACAGCCCCACAGCUCUGUCAGCCUCAUAUCAGUUAAAAGAAGCUGUGAUGAAAGCUGUCUGUAUGCUGACUAACAGCUCCUUCAGCCUCCAGUACUUCUGAAAUUUGACAGACUCUUGUAAACUUGGCUACAGGCAGCAGCUCCAUGCUAACAGGCAGCAGAGGGUGUGCAGGUCACCACAGUCAGACUGGGGUUUCAGUCACCUUCCCCACCAUUCUGCAUGUUGUAUUCUUGGGCAAGGUACUGAACCCCAACUUCCAGAUAAAUGCUUCCUGACACUGUCCACGUACACGCUGCCACUUCUUUAGGUGCACCUGCCCAACUGUGUGUUAAUGCCACGCCAGCUAAGACCCGCAGGCUCAGCUAAACUGGACCGUAGAAGAUUGGAAAACGAUGCCUGGUCUGAUGAGUCUUUGCUUCUGUGGGAU